AUGCGCUCGUUACGUCCUGCGUUGCUUUUGCCAUUUCUCCUUGUGUUUGUGGUUCUCUGCCUAAUUGCGACCCCGGCCGUGUGUGCGGCGGAGGAGGGCCAAGCAGCAGAGGCAGAAGCUGGGCUCAACGACGUCGCAUCCACGAAUCGUGCCGAUACCGAUGACGACGACGAUGAUGAGAAGAGCGCGGGAAACGAUGCUGGGAGCUACCCGCUGGCCUCCGCACGUGUCAUUUUCCCUGAUAAGCCUAUGCAGCUGCUGCCAACGCUGCCUGCAGGGUCGAAGGCGAACGCUCUUGUCGCGUACCGCAACAGUCAGCCAGAGCACCAGCACACCGUUGUGCUCAUCGUCGGGUACCUUACCUCCGUGAAAGCCUACAACCAGGUGAUUCAGAACUUUUCUGUUGUUCGCCACGCACGCAUCGUGCAGCCUGGCGACACUACAAGCUUUCAGUACAGCUUUACCCCCGACCCGCUGCUCGAGCCAACCGACUACAACCUUAUUCUUGGCCUUUACUUCCACGACAACGUCACCAACAACACGUACUUUGUCACUGUCUUCAACGACACCGUGUCCGUAGAUGAGUCGCUUGAGACGGAUCCGCGGACUAUUCUGACAUAUUUGACGUUACUUUGCCUGUUCGGUGGUGCGGCGUAUUUUCUGGCCUUGAAGCUGGGCUUCGUGGCGUUUCUGAGGGCUAAGCGUGCUGGGGGCUCGUCCGGGCGGCGGGUGGAGGUAGGCACCAAGGGUGAGGGAUAUGACCCGGAUUACAUCAGCAGUGAGCACUACAAAUACAAGGAGGCGUUGCUGCAGCGCAACUCUUCCUUGUCUCCGUCAAAGAAGAAGAAGAAGUAG